CCUGUAACACUGAGGCUCCAGACACGUCUGAUAGUUGAACGCGCUACAAUUAACUUUAUUUUUUAAGAGCCGGGACUUUCUUGGAGCACUCAGAACUAUGUAAAGCAAAUAAAAAUGUCUCGGCUUUUACUCCUUUUGCUUUGCCUGGCUCGUUAUCCUACUUCCUGUGCUAACUGUCCCAAACUUUGCAGCUGUAAAUCGGAUGAUCAUAUCAUUUGUGAAGGCAGGACAGUCGAGCGUAUUCCAAAGGGUUUUUCCAGAGGCUACAGCAAGCUGACAUUUAAAUACACCAGUCUGAGCGUUAUUCCAAGUGGAGCUUUCUCUGGACUCAGCAACUUAACAAGCAUUUGGGUGCUACAGAAUGAUGUUCUGGAGAACAUUGAAGAAAAUACCUUUGUCAAUCUACCCAAUCUUAAUGAAAUAAUAAUUGAUAAAGCAAAGCUUCUUGCACAUAUCGAACAAGGAGCAUUUGGAAAUCUUCCCCAUCUAAGAUACAUGACUAUUACAAACACUGGCAUAAGGUUCUUCCCUGAUAUCACAAACAUAUAUUCUGAAGACUUUUUGUUUCUUGAAUUUCGAGACAACAUACACAUGCAAGUUAUACCAUCUUAUGCUUUCCAGGGAUUAAGCACUGGAACGUUAAAUAUAAAGCUGAUUAACAAUGGCCUCAUAGAAGUACAAAGCCAUGCAUUUAACGGAACAGAUUUAGAUCAUCUCAACCUUACAGGUAACCAGAAUCUACAGAAACUACACGAUGAUGUUUUCAUGGGAGCAAAAGGCCCAACUGUUCUGGACAUUUCCAGAACUGGUAUCACUGCACUUCCAAUUCAUGGCUUGAAAUCUAUUAAGAAGCUCAUAGCUCGGUCGACCAAUAACUUGAAAAGGUUACCACCUCUGGAUAACUUUGUAGAGCUAAGAGAGGCCAGUAUGACAUAUCCGAGCCACUGCUGCGCCUUUGAAAAUGAAAAUGCUAAGAAGAAAAAGGAGUUACAAUGGGUUCCAAUAUGUAACAAGUUCUUUAGCAAGAAUUAUGAUUUCAGCAACACAAGCUCCGAGACUGAAUCUGAGCUCGGUUCCACGCAUUUAAAAAGAUCUUUGCAGAUGAACUCUGCUGUACCUCAGCAAUAUGCAUUCCUUGAAAAUGAGGCAUCGUUUGAAUUAAAUGAAGAUGAACCAUUUUUUGACUAUGGUCUCUGCUCAAAUGUAGCAGAUGUGAUUUGUAAUCCAAAAGCGGAUGACUUCAACCCAUGUGAAGAUAUUGUGGGAAAAGAUAUUUUAAGAGUCAUAAUAUGGCUAAUGAAUAUUCUUGCUAUUAUAGGGAAUGCAGUUGUACUCAUAGUCUUAUUAACCAGUCGAUAUAAACUCACCGUUCCACGAUUUCUUAUGUGCAAUCUUGCUUUUUCUGACUUUUGCAUGGGCCUUUAUUUGUUGCUUAUUGCUUCUGUAGACAUCCGAACCAAAGGCCAGUAUUAUAACUAUGCCAUAGACUGGCAGACUGGUGCUGGUUGUGCGUCCGCUGGGUUCUUCACUGUUUUUGCCAGUGAGCUCUCAGUGUACACACUUACUGUUAUCACCUUGGAAAGGUGGCACACAAUUACUUAUGCCAUGCAGCUGGACAGAAAACUCCAUCUGAGGCAUGCCAUUGUGAUUAUGUGUGGUGGUUGGGCAUUUUCUUUCAUUGUUGCAGUACUGCCUCUUGUCGGGAUCAGUAACUACAAGAAGGUUAGCAUCUGCCUCCCUAUGGAUAUAAACUCCCCAGUUUCUCAGGCUUACAUUAUUUUCAUUUUGCUACUGAACGUUAUUGCAUUUUUGAUCAUUUGUUUCUGCUAUAUUAAAAUCUACCUAACAGUUAGAAACCCCAACUUUAUCUCUACAAAUGGUGAUACAAAAAUUGCCAAACGCAUGGCUGUGCUAAUCUUCACAGAUUUCGUUUGCAUGUCACCAAUAUCUUUCUUUGCGAUUUCAGCAGCUCUAAAGGUCCCUUUUAUCACAGUGUCCAGUUCCAAAAUACUUCUGGUUUUGUUUUACCCAAUCAAUUCUUGUGCUAAUCCUUUCCUGUAUGCAUUUUUCACAAAGACUUUUCGCCGAGAUUUCUACAUUCUUUUAAGUAGGUUUGGUUACUGUGAAAUGAAAGCACAGCUUUACAGGACAGAAACAACAUCCUCGAUUCAAAAUUCCAAUAUGAGAAAUGGUGCUUUGGCCUCUAUGCCGCACUUUGGCCAAGGCACGGUAUAUACAGAGCUUCUGGUAGCCACUCAUCGGCAAACAUGUGGAGCUCAUAACCUCAAUUCUCAAGAGUCCCACCAAUCGCUUGCAGGAACUUAUGCUAUUAACUGACAGUGCAUAGACUUUCCUAAAGUAAAUUUAUAUUGUUAACCUCGAAGAAAAUAGCCUAUUUCCUGGAGAAUCUCUGAUAUCUUCCUGUAAAAAUACCAAGAAGCUAUUAUCUAUUGUCAAAUGUAUCGGGAUUCCAAGCCUCAGGUUAGCAAAACUCUGAUGCAUCCUUGCAACUGAGCAGGCACCUUGAAUUUAUGGCUAAUUUUACAGGGAAUUAAUCAAUGGUUGUACAACAUGAAAUUAGCAUGACCUAAGUGCAGGCUACAGAUAUAUGAUUCAAGUAAUUUGCAAAGACCCAUUUUGUGCAACAAGGUAUUAAUGUCAUACUACAAAUACACUUGAGUUACUUCAUCAACGUAAGACUUGCUCUAAAGUUUACCAGAUGUUAUUGUUAUUUAUACAGUUUUAAUGUAAAAUAGUAAUGAUAUUGUACUCUGGAUUUCUUUAAUGUGAUAGAGACAAUUUGCUCCUGUGUUUCCUAGAACUUGAAUGUUUAAAACAUGUGCAGCAGUAAAAUCUGUCGCAAUGGCCUCACUUUUUAAAAAAACCUCUAAAUAAUGACCACUUGAUGUUGAGCCAAUGCUGAAUUAAUGAUUCAUGUUUUACUCUGAAGUAGAUAAUCACAAUAGUGGUCAACAUCCUGUUUUAUUGUAUAAGUCUCAGUACAAAAGUUGUUGCUGUUAUUAAAAUAUUAAUAAUAUUGUGUUAUUAUUGGUGUUAGGGCUUCUGGAUGAGAGAGGGGGAAAUCAGCAAAGAUUCUUGCUCCUGAUUCCAAUCUAGUAAUACCUAGUUGGAAAGAUUGCAAUUAGCAGUAUUCUGGGUGAGGACAGGCAAACAGGUUUGGGUUUUUUUGGGUUUUGUCACAAUGUACGCCAUCUCCACUAAAGUCAAAUAAUAUUCAGGAGUGGAAGGAAGAAAGUAGAGGAGGAGUGACGAGGCUUAUCAGCAAUUAUCUAACUAUAGCUUAAGAUUUGUUUUACAUGUAUUGCCCAUAUAUGCAGGAUUGUUAACUGUUGUAAGGAUUGGUAUUUUUUUCAUUACCGAAGAGUCAGGUUUGUAUCUGUUGAUUUAAAAUUUUGCUCAAGCCUAUGGAUAUCAAUGGUGAUAAUAAAUAACUGGAUCAUC